AAAUUUUGGAUAUUAACAAUUAAUAUAUGUAUCUAUUAGCUCGGAAUUAAACAGAUCUAUUUUUUUUUUUGAAAACAAUUAAUUAAAUUUUGUAUACAAUUAAUUCAAUUUCCAUCCCUCAAAUCCACGUGUCUCUCGACAAUUUUAUUACCUUCAGGGUUUGGAGUUGAAGGUAUAAAGGCUAGUUGAUGGCGUCGAAGAGGAUAUUGAAGGAGCUGAAGGAUCUGCAGAAGGAUCCUCCCACGUCAUGCAGUGCUGGUCCAGUGGCAGAGGAUAUGUUCCAUUGGCAAGCAACCAUCAUGGGGCCUACAGAUAGCCCUUAUGCAGGAGGUGUAUUUUUGGUUUCAAUUCAUUUCCCUCCGGAUUAUCCUUUCAAGCCCCCAAAGGUUGCUUUUAGAACUAAGGUUUUCCAUCCCAACAUCAAUAGCAAUGGAAGUAUUUGUCUGGAUAUUCUUAAGGAGCAGUGGAGUCCAGCAUUAACCAUAUCGAAGGUCCUGUUGUCCAUCUGCUCUCUAUUGACUGACCCAAAUCCAGAUGACCCACUUGUACCAGAAAUUGCUCAUAUGUACAAGACUGACAGGGCCAAAUACGAGACCACUGCUCGUAGCUGGACUCAGAAAUAUGCUAUGGGAUGAUGCUCAAAGUCGUCUCCAGGCAUGUCUGGGACUUUUGUAAUGCAAUGUCUUAUUGUGCUUGGGGUGAAUGAAUAAAUUCCGCAAAAGAACAAAGUUUUCUUCUUAAAUCUCCCUUAUGUGGGUUGUCAAGGAACGGGUCUUUUCAAUUUGUGAAUAUCUAUUUGAUGACUAGUAAGGGAGAAACUGCAAUGUAAUUCUACUUUGUUUGCCAGUUUGA